GUUUCUACGAUGUUGCGAGUUAGUGUAGUUCUGAGCGUAUUGGCUGUGUCGGCUUUCGGAAGCGUUCUUCCAGAAGGUGAUCUUCUUUUGCCAACCUUGUCACGACCGCGCUACGGGCAGAACGGCGGGGUACCGUUGUCACUGAGAGGUAAUCGUAUUGUCGGAGGAUUCGAAAUCGACAUCUCCGAUGCUCCUCAUCAAGUGUCGCUGCAAUCGCGUGGAAGUCACAUCUGUGGGGGAUCGAUCAUCUCCGCCAAGUGGGUCAUAACGGCAGCUCAUUGCACGGAUGGAGCGUCCGUGUCCAGUCUUGGAGUCAGGGUUGGAUCUACAAAACAUGCAUCCGGUGGGAAAGUGAUUUCCAUCAGCCGAAUCAUUCAGCAUCCGAAAUUCAGCUACAACACCAUCGAUUAUGACUAUUCACUGCUGCAGUUGGCCACAGCAGUGUCAUUGGGUAAUAACUCUCAAGUGAUUGACUUGCCGGAACAGGAUGAACCCGUCCCGGAUGGAACGCUGUGUGAAGUCUCCGGUUGGGGUAACACCCAGAGCAUCACCCAGUCUCGCGAUAAACUUCGAGCUGCCUACGUUCCAUCCUACAACCAGGCGCAAUGCAACAAAGCAUAUACAGCGUAUGGUGGAGUUACGGAUCGCAUGAUUUGUGCCGGUUUCCAGCAGGGUGGCAAGGAUGCCUGCCAAGGGGACUCCGGUGGUCCACUGAUCGCCAACGGAAAGCUCGUGGGAAUUGUGUCGUGGGGUUUGGGCUGCGCCCAGCCCAACUAUCCUGGCGUCUACGCUCGGGUGGCGGCUGCACGUGACUGGAUCCGUAGUAACAGCGGUGUCUGAUUCAAGUUCCACAAACAUCAAUUAUGUCGAUCAACGCGCGCGAUUCAAUGGACCUCGAGCACGGAUUAUGUUGCGAGCCUGUUAGUUUUAAUUCUCGCUAAUCGAAUAAAGGCCUCGUAAAUCAUCGGUAAACAUAA